UCGGGUUGCCUGGUCGGUCCUGGAACUGUGGACUACAGCUCCCAGGCCUUCCUAAGCUCCUACCACACAGGCUCAAAGCCACAAACCAGUAGGAGGUGGCUGUAUUGUAUCUAUUGUAUCCCUUGGCUGGUGCAUUUUUACAAUUCUCUGGACGUGAAAUUGAGAGUGAAAAGCAUGGCAGAUGAACAAGAAAUCAUGUGCAAACUGGAAAGCAUUAAAGAGAUCAGAAAUUUCAGGAACAAGACUUUGCAGAUGGAAAAGAUCAAGGCCCGUUUGAAGGCUGAGUUUGAGGCACUGGAGUCAGAAGAGAGGCACCUAAAAGAAUACAAACAGGAGAUGGAUCUCCUGCUACAGGAGAAGAUGGCCCAUGUGGAGGAACUCCGACUGAUCCAUGCUGAUAUCAAUGUGAUGGAAAACACCAUUAAACAGUCUGAAAAUGACUUAAACAAGUUGCUCGAGUCGACCCGGAGGCUUCAUGAUGAGUAUAAACCACUGAAAGAACAUGUCGAUGCCCUGCGUAUGACAUUGGGCUUGCAAAGGCUUCCUGACUUGUGUGAAGAGGAAGAGAAACUCUCCUUGGAUUACUUUGAGAAGCAGAAAGCAGAAUGGCAGACAGAACCUCAAGAACCCCCCAUACCUGAAUCCCUUGCUGCUGCAGCUGCUGCUGCCCAACAACUCCAAGUGGCCAGGAAGCAGGACACACGACAGACAGCCACCUUCAGACAGCAGCCUCCACCUAUGAAGGCCUGCUUGUCAUGUCACCAGCAGAUUCAUCGAAAUGCACCUAUAUGCCCUCUUUGUAAAGCCAAGAGUCGCUCACGGAACCCCAAAAAGCCAAAACGGAAGCAAGAUGAAUGAAGAGAAGGUGAAGGGCUAGACCUCUGUUGAUCAUAAACCCUCCCCUUGGUCAGAGUGAUAGAGGUCCCGAUUUUCUAAAAUCUACCCUUCCUUGCCCUCCUGAGUUUCUAUUUAAUUUACUGGAAGAAUAACCCCUCUCUCCUUGCUCUUAUUUCUUUCUGCUCUUGGGAUCUCGGGUUCAAGAACAGCUAUAGUUUGGGUGCUAAUGCCUGGGUCUCAUGACCCCUUCUCUCCUGCUCACAUCUCAACUACUGUCCUAGUUUGGAGCUGACUAAGGGGCAAAAGGCUCUCAUUGACUCUUUCUUUUGCUCCUGAGGACUGGAGCCUAAUGAGCUGCAGGGUGUAAGGACUGGAGGAGGUCCAUAUCUUGCUUUAAGAAAAGGCCUCUAUGAUUUCCUCCCCUCUAGUUUUGCCUUAGGUUCUGAAGGGACAACAACUUUAUUUUUGCUGGACAUCCCAGUGGGCUGAAUGCAUAUAUCUCCCCUAUAUUCAGCUCAUCAUUAAAGCCCAGGAGUAACUUAGACAAGUGUUCUUUUUUACAGUAAUUUGUGAGGCUCUGGUGUUGUUCUAUAGUCCCAUCAAAGUCUUCCAGUUAUAUUCAAGUUCUUUCAUACCAGGCAUCUUUAGAUCCCAAGAUCUGUGGGUCUUUCCCUAUACUUUUUUUUGUUCUUUGCUAAUUAGUAGAAAUUCCCCACAGUGAAAUUAGGGAGCCAGGCUCAUGCUACAUGUCUCACCUAGUUCACUGCAAAUACUAGGUCUGAUGGCUAUGGUAUAGAAAUUGCCUUGGGCUGAGAAACCCUUAGCUGAUUUUAGCUUUGAAUUUUGUUUAAAAACCAUCACGCUAAUACCUGCUCAGUGGUAUAUCACUGGGAGGCUAGAAGUGGAUUGACACGAUUGCCAAUCAUUUUAUACAUGUAAGAGGCUAUGACUUUGCUUUUCCAUUCUUUCCUCCCUUUGGGUCUGUAUUCUUUAAUGUAGCCUCAGUUAAGGAAGUCAUUGGUCACUCUUUUUCUGUGGGUUAUGUAGGUGACCUUUCUUACCCCCAAAUGGCACUAAGCUCUUCAAACCCCACAGUGCUCUCAUUUUUAUCAAAGCCAAGUCUCCUAGUCAUGUUACUCUUAGACCUAUGGGAUAACAUCAGGGCUGAGUGAUGAAAAAGAUUUAGCUCCAGGUCUCUAUCCCUGACUGGGGAGAAGAGGGAGAGAUUUAUCCUGUUUUUCUUUAACUUUUGACUUUGAGUCACAAUAAUAUGUGUUCCAAACAUCAAAGAUUCCUCUGCCUUUUGAAAGUAAGUGUUAUGAUAUGAUUUCAUAAAUCCUUUUAAAUAAACAUUCAUUUGUUGGAAUAAG